GUAACUAUCGGACUCAGCUGUACGACAAACAGAGAGAGGAGUAUCUGCCAGCCACUCAGGGUCUGGGGAUGUUUGUUGAAGUCAAAGAUCCUGAUGAGAAGGUGAUUCUGUCUCGGCAGUACGGCUCUGAAGGACGUUUCACCUUCACGUCGCACACACCUGGAGAACAUCAGAUCUGCCUGCACUCCAACUCCUCCAAGUUCUCCCUGUUUGCUGGAGGCAUGCUGAGGGUUCACCUGGACAUCCAGGUGGGCGAGCACGCCAACAACUACGCCGAGAUCGCCGCCAAAGACAAACUGACGGAGCUGCAGCUAAGAGUCCGACAACUGGUGGAGCAGGUGGACCAGAUCCAGAAGGAGCAGAACUACCAGAGG